AUGACUUUCCCAACAGCUACUAUUGCUGUAUUUAUCGCUUUGAUUAGUGGCUAUGCACUGUAUCACUCGCAAAGCUCUAUUCCGAAGCUCAAAAAGUACGAGGAGCGUGCAGAGAGGGCAGCCGAAUGGAGCAAAGCUGCCGAGAAACGACUCUGGGAUACGCGAUACACUGUUGGCACAGGCUUCGUAGCCACUCUAAUCUCACUAAUCAGUGCACUGGUCUACGCCUUCACCGUCCCCAAAGGCUUCAACCUCUACCGCAUUGCAUGGCCAGUCCUGUUAGCAGCUGGUCAGAAAUACGCUGCUCGCUACAUGGACAGCUUUUGGUCGGACAAGGCCAAAGUGCCUAUGCUGGAUGAUUACAACGAAGCAAUCUCGGAUAGCAGGAACGUUAUUGGCUUUUUGGACGUCCUGACUGUUGGCUGGGGGGUGAUUGCUGUCUUAAAGGCAGUUGGUCUUUAG